UACACACACAGCGAUCUUGCUCCUUUCGGAGGCCGGCGGCCCCCUUACUCUCGUACUCCCACCCGAGCCCCUCCACACCCACACCCACCAAGAUGUAUUUUUUGUCUUUAAAAAAGUGUAAAUAAAGCCUCGCUAGCCCCCAAUGAGGCGUUCCUUCCCGACUUUUUUGGAUCAAUCAAACAGACAGUGGCUUCUUUUGAUUAAAGCCCAAAUUGUCAUUGGGCAGAAGCAAUCAUGUGACAGCCAAUUCGGUCCAAUUUCAACCUUGUCUCCAUGAAUUCAAUAGUUUAAUAGUAGCGCGGUCCCCAUACGGCUGUAAUCAGUGAAUUAGAAAAAAAACACCCCAGCAGCGAUCUUCUAUGAGAGAUUUUUUUUUCUUCUCUCUCUCCUUUCGCCUGGGCCUUCCCCCCGCCCCCCUGAAGCCCCUCCAGAAGAGGGAACUUUUUCUCCGAGGGGGCUCCGAGGAGAAGGCCAUGAAUUACGAAUUUGAGCGAGAGACUGGCUUUAUCAAUAGUCAGCCGUCGCUCGCUGAGUGCCUGACAUCUUUUCCCCCUGUCGGUGAUACAUUUCAAAGUUCAUCAAUCAAGAGCUCGUCGCUUUCACAGUCGACACUGAUUCCUCCUCCUUUUGAGCAGACCAUCCCCAGCCUGAACCCGGGCAGCCACCCUCGCCACGGCAGCGGCGGCAGCCGCCCCAAGUCGAGCCCCGAUGGCAGCAGCGGCGGCGGGGGCAGCCCGGUGCCCGCCGGCGCCCUGCAGCCCCCGGAAUACCCCUGGAUGAAAGAGAAAAAAGCUUCCAAGAAAACCGCGCUGCCUCCCGCCUCCUCGGCCUCCGCCUCCGCCACUGGACAUGCCUGCCUGAACCACAAAGAAUCCCUGGAAAUCGCCGAUAACAGCAGCGGGGGCUCCAGGCGCCUGCGGACGGCGUACACCAACACCCAGCUCUUAGAGCUCGAAAAAGAAUUUCAUUUCAACAAGUAUCUGUGUAGACCUCGGAGGGUGGAGAUCGCAGCCCUGCUGGAUUUGACGGAGAGACAAGUGAAAGUCUGGUUCCAGAACCGGAGAAUGAAACACAAGAGGCAGACCCAGUGCAAAGAGAACCAGAACGGCGAAGGGAAGUACAAGAGCCUGGAGGACCCCGAGAAGGCCGAGGACGACGAGGAGAAAUCGCUUUUUGAGCAGGCGCUCAGCGUCUCAGGGGCCCUUCUGGAGAGGGAAGGCUACACUUUUCAGCAAAACGCCCUGUCCCAGCAGCAGGCGCCCAACGUGCACAAUGGCGAGUCCCAAAGUUUCCCAGUUUCGCCUUUAACCAGCAAUGAGAAAAAUCUGAAACAUUUUCAGCACCAGUCACCCACUGUUCAGAACUGCUUGUCAACAAUGGGCCAGAACUGUGCAGCUGGCCUGAACAAUGACAGCCCAGAGGCCCUGGAGGUCCCCUCUUUACAAGACUUCAGCGUUUUCUCCACAGAUUCCUGCCUCCAGCUUUCAGAUGCCGUAUCGCCCAGCUUACCAGGCUCCCUCGACAGUCCCGUAGACAUCUCAGCUGACAGCUUUGACUUUUUUACAGACACACUCACUACAAUUGACUUACAGCAUCUGAAUUACUAAAUACAUUAAAAAAAAAAAAGCAAAACAAAAAUCCCUUUGGGGGGUCGCCUUCUCUUUUCCCGGGAGUUGAUUUUUUUAAAAAUUUCCUUUCAUUUCCCUCUCGCCUCCCUCUUUUCUCACCAUCCCCCCCCCCCCAGACCGGUCAGGGAUUUCUGUUUAGUCACUCUCCUGACCCAGUUCCAGAGCCAUCUUUGCAGGUUAUAAUGAAGUUAGAGUUGUUUUGGAUUGACCCCAAAUCCCCUCUAGGUGAUCCCUUGAAAGCAAUAUAUGAGGCCUGUAAGAAAGGGACCAUAUCAUUGUAUGGCCCCUUUCUUUUUAUUUUUGUAUUACAUUAGGACGCGUUGUCUUAAGUAUUUUUGGUAGAAUAAAUUCUCCUUUGCUACGAGUAACUUUGGUAUCCCUCCUCCCCCACCGAGACUCCUAGCGGUUCCCUUCCCUCCUCUUAGUCUAACUUGGUAAAUAAAAUUCUGCUCACAAUCUCUCUUCUUUUAUUUCCAUUGGACUAUAUUUAUUAGGGGGGAGCAUUCGGCUUCUCGGUGAAGCCGAGGGGCCAGCACAAGGAAAGGGCCACGCUGGGGAGAGCCCCCCUUCGAAAGCGGACUCUACUAGGUACAAGCCAUAGACGUGACCCCAGAAAAGAAAGGGAAAUGGGGAGCCUCUCUGUCAGGGAAAAAGUUGCAGUUUGGGAGAGUGGAGACUUGAAAAGUGCCUCGAAAACCAAAUCCGCCCCCAUUUUACGCGGGGAAUGUGGAGUCCCUUCCACAAGGGAACAAGAAAAAGCCAACUCCGCGGGUCUCUAGGUCCAUAGCUCAAUUCCAAACAAUUCGUUUAUUUCUACACCUUUGUUUCAAACAUCUACAUUCCAAUGACGACAGCAACGAGAGUCCCGUCCAACCCAGCCAGAGGAGCUGCGGAGAGGUCCCGGGCAAACAGACCUAAAAAAUAGAGAGAGAAAAACACAACAAAAUCUGGUUACAGGCUGGCCCGUCCACUUCCGAGGGCUUCUUCGUCCGCCUGGGCCGCUGCCGUCCUUCCGGGAAUUAUGGAUUUCGGGGUAGGAUCGAGAAAAUCGAUCUUUUCCUUCUUAAACCUGUUUACAUGGCAGAGAAGGGAUCCUUAAAGCUUGGAAGCGAGCUUAGCCGAUUGAAAUCUAAAAUGGAGUGCGGCUCCGCACGCCAUCUUCUAAGAGAACGAAGAUUCCCCAGGCAGAGCGAGAAAAAAGCAAGUCUCUCUCUAAAAUGCACUUUAAAUGAACGUCAAUAAAAGAUGAUGGAGGCCUGUGCUA